AUGCGCAUCUCUCAGACUUCAAAUUACAUCUUCGCAGCUUUAGCGCUUUAUGGAAUUGUCAUAGCUGAGCCAGUCCCCAUUGAUCUGGGCGUUGAAAGUGGGAAUCUUAUUGAGCGACAGUCUGGCGACGACGCUGGUGAUUCUGUUGGCAACGCAGCUGGUAUAGGGGGUCAGGCGUCGCAGACACAAAAUACCACUGCGACCGAUGGCAGUACUGGAGGCACAGGUAAUGGAACCACAGCAAAUUCGCCAGGAUUUAUUAGCCAACCCGGCGACCUGGAUGACGACCAAGUUGUUUGCACGAACCUUACAACUGGCCGAGCAAAUAAGUGUUGGAAUGAAUUGAAACUUACUCAAUGGGUCAUAAAUUGGGCGAACGACAACAAAUGCUACGAGUCUGAAGGCUUUUCAACUUGUUUCUUGCGGCUCAACGGCCUUUGGGGUAUUGACUGCUCCCAAAUCGCGCCCAACGCUUGCGUUCCUCCCCAGAAUCCAAACCUUGCUACUCAGCCAGAAGUCUUCUACGUUGCUUACAACAUAUACGCAAUCAAUCAAUUCUUCUAUUCUUGGUGGACGGCAGUAGGGAAUUCUGGAGGCAUCGCUGCUGACAACAUUGGAACGAUCGCACAAAUCAUUGAUAUUCCCAACAACCAAGGAGUGAUCCUUCAGGACAUACUGCUUGCGGUUCAGAGCGUUUUUGCGCUCAUUCCAGGUCCAUUGGGAAUUUACGCAGCACACAGCGCUUUCAGCUACACUUGGCAGGCCGCUGCUCAAGUGAUAUCCAACGCGCUGAACACCCUACCCAACAUCGGACGAUUUCUCUUUCCGAUCGACACUUCGGACUCGAAAAUCAUUCAACUCGCUGACCUCAGCGCCAACUUUGCACAGACUGUCCUCGUGCCGGUACAAAGCAACCUGAAUCAGACUUUAGUCUCGGUCAUGUCCAACGAAGCUGAAUUCCUUGCUUUCGCGUCUCAAGGCAACUUCACCGCUUUGCCACCUUCCUUACCAGAUCAAUCGAAUUAUCUCUAUUUCGCAUUCAACACCUACCUCAUUUCCCAGGCGCUCAACGGUAACAAUAUUUAUGGGGUGAUCGCGCGGGGAACAAACCCGCAGGCGAUGGACACAAACGGUACGAAGUUGAAUUACGAUAUUGACUGCCAAGAAUACAAUGAGCAGAACGUUUGCGAUGCUUGGUGGUAUAGCGGCAACUACGAUUCAGCAUUUACUCUGAACGACUUCAGCCACAUGAAUCGAAACUACGGUCAGCAGAUCACUAACCUUUUUGCCAAUCUCACUACAGGUGAGCUGCUUUUCGAGGGGGCCCAGGCCUGCAAUUCCGAGGGCAACUUCGGCCAGCCCAUCAAUAUUACUGUCAAUGCAGCCGGUGUCAACACGGCGUGCAUUUCUCAACUGCGCAUACUGACCUGGGACAUGAGUUGCACUCUGCCAAAGAGAGGGCAAAUAAACAAAAAGUGCGAAUUCCUCGAGACAACAUCACAGGACAUGUUCCUAUUUCAAAAUGCGCACGCAGUCACAGACGAAAGCAUUCUCAGCGUACCGGCUGGGUAUCUGGGCCCUCUGAUCACUCAAACGAAGCAGAAGCUUUGGCGUGGCUGA